AACAUGAAUAUGUUUGUCCACUUCUGGCUUCUCUGUGGCCUGAGUGCUGUUGUGACCCCUCAGGAUGUCACACAACAAGCCCAAACAUUUUUAAAAGAGUUUAACAGGAGGGCAGAAGAUAUCAGCUAUGAGAACUCCAUUGCCUCAUGGAACUACAACACCAACAUCACUGAGGAGAAUGCCAAUAAAAUGAGCGAGGCGGGCGCCAGGUGGUCCGCGUUUUACGAGGAGGCCUCCAGGAAUGCCAGCAACUUCCAAGUAGACAACAUUGCAGAUGACCUCACCAAGCUCCAGAUCCAGAUUCUUCAGGAAAAAGGAUCAUCUGUGCUGUCACCAGAAAAAUAUAACAGACUGGGCACUGUGCUAAAUACAAUGAGUACCAUCUACAGCACUGGGACUGUCUGUAAAAUCAACAAUCCAUCGGAGUGUUUGGUGCUGGAGCCAGGUCUGGAUGCUAUUAUGGCUGGAAGCACUGAUUAUUAUGAGAGACUGUGGGCCUGGGAAGGCUGGAGAGCUGAUGUUGGCAGAAUGAUGAGACCAUUAUAUGAAGAGUAUGUUGAACUUGAAAAUGAGGUUGCAAGGCUUAAUGGUUAUUCUGACUACGGAGACUAUUGGAGAGCAAAUUAUGAAGCAAAGUCUCCAGAAAAUUACAAAUACAGCCGUGACCAGCUGAUCGAAGAUGUGGAGAAGACAUUUGAGCAGAUAAAACCUCUGUACGAGCAGCUGCAUGCCUACGUGAGACACAAGCUGGGACAAGUGUACGGCCCCAAGCUCAUCAGCUCCACAGGAGGCCUCCCUGCUCACUUACUGGGUGAUAUGUGGGGUAGAUUCUGGACAAAUCUGUAUGCCUUGACUGUUCCCUAUCCAGCCAAACCAAACAUUGAUGUAACUUCUGCAAUGGUUGAAAAGAAAUGGGAUGCAAUUAAAAUAUUCAAGUCUGCUGAGGCCUUCUUUGUUUCCAUUGGCCUCAAAAACAUGACUAAGGACUUCUGGGAAAAAUCCAUGCUCACAGAGCCGACUGACAACAGGAAGGUUGUCUGCCAUCCUACAGCAUGGGACCUGGGCAAAAAUGAUUACAGGAUCAAGAUGUGCACCAAAGUGACCAUGGAUGACUUCCUGGCGGCACACCACGAGAUGGGCCACAUUGAGUACGACAUGGCGUACGCGGGGCAGCCCUACCUGCUGAGGGGCGGUGCCAACGAGGGCUUCCAUGAAGCUGUAGGUGAAAUUAUGUCACUUUCUGCAGCCACGCCUCAGCACUUGAAAUCUCUUGAUCUCCUAGAGCCAACUUUCCAAGAUGAUGAAGAAACUGAAAUCAACUUUCUGCUCAAACAAGCACUAACGAUUGUUGGAACAAUGCCUUUUACUUACAUGCUGGAGAAGUGGAGGUGGAUGGUGUUUAGGGGUGAGAUUACAAAGCAGGAAUGGACCAAACGGUGGUGGGAGAUGAAGAGAGCCAUAGUUGGUGUUGUGGAACCAGUCCCUCAUGAUGAAACCUACUGCGACCCUGCCACGCUGUUUCACGUGGCCAAUGAUUACUCCUUCAUAAGGUAUUACACCCGCACCAUUUAUCAGUUCCAGUUUCAGGAGGCACUUUGCAAGGCAGCUAACCAUACUGGCCCUCUUCACAAAUGUGACAUCACCGACUCCACUGAAGCUGGGCAGAAACUCAGACAAUUGCUGGAAUUAGGGAGAUCCAAGCCCUGGACUCAAGCACUGGAAAGUGUGACAGGAGAAAAAUACAUGAAUGCAGCUCCCUUGCUCCACUACUUUGAACCUUUAUAUGAGUGGCUGAAAAAAAACAAUUCUGGCAGAUUCAUUGGCUGGAAAACAGACUGGACACCAUAUUCUAGCAAUGCCAUCAAAGUGCGCAUCAGCCUGAAGUCAGCUCUGGGGGACCAGGCGUAUGAAUGGGAUGAAAGCGAGCUCUUCUUGUUCAAGUCAUCUGUUGCUUAUGCCAUGAGAAAAUACUUUGCAGAGGUGAAGAAACAGAAAGUUGCCUUUGAAAACACAGACAUUCAUGUUGGCGAGGAGACACAAAGAAUAUCCUUCUACAUUACUGUCAGCAUGCCAGGUAAUAUCAGCGAUAUUGUGCCCAAAGCUGACGUGGAAAAUGCCAUCAGGAUGUCUCGAGGACGAAUGAAUGAAGCUUUCAGACUCGAUGACAGUACGCUGGAGUUUGUGGGAAUACUUCCAACCCUGGCUGCACCUUAUGAACCACCAGUAACCAUUUGGUUAAUUGUAUUUGGGGUGGUCAUUAGUCUGGUUGUCAUUGGAAUUAUUGCCUUGAUCAUCACUGGGCAGAGAGAUCGCAAAAAGAGAGCAAGAGAAAGCAGAGGUGCAGCAGGAUCAAAUUGUGAAGAGGUGAACCCUUAUGGUGAAGAGGGAAGAAGCAACCUGGGCUUUGAGCCAGCUGAAGAUACACAAACAUCAUUUUAA